UCCACCGGCUAACCGGCUGCUCCCUGUCUCCCCCCUCCCUCCUCAGUCCUCCCCGCUAUAUAAAUUAAUCCCUCUGUUGCACCUUCAGUUACAGAGAGACACCGGAGAGGGCGAGCAGGGGUGCAGAAAAACAAAAGAAAAAAGAAAAAAAUGCCGAUUUCUCGGAUAGCGAUCGGGACUCGGGAGGAGGCGACUCAUCCGAACGCCCUCAAAGCCGCCCUCGCUGAGUUCAUCUGCACUCUCAUCUUCGUCUUCGCCGGCCAGGGCUCCGGCAUGGCUUUCAGCAAGCUAACUGGCGGCAGUGCGACCACGCCGGCAGGCCUGGUGGCAGCGUCGCUGGCGCACGCCUUCGGUCUGUUCGUGGCGGUGUCCGUGGGUGCCAACAUCUCCGGCGGGCACGUCAACCCGGCGGUGACCUUCGGCGCCUUCGUCGGCGGCAACAUCACUCUUCUCAGAGGAAUUCUCUACUGGAUAGCGCAGCUCCUCGGCUCCACUAUUGCCUGCUUCCUCCUCCGCUUCUCCACCGGCGGCCUCUCCACCGGCACCUUCGGCCUCACCGGCAUCAGCGUUUGGGAGGCGCUCGUCCUCGAGAUCGUCAUGACCUUCGGCCUCGUCUACACCGUCUACGCCACCGCCUUGGACCCCAAGAAGGGCAGCCUCGGGACGAUUGCACCGAUCGCGAUCGGUUUCAUCGUGGGAGCCAACAUCCUCGCCGGCGGGGCCUUCGACGGGGCGUCGAUGAACCCGGCGGUGUCCUUCGGUCCGGCGCUGGUGAGCUGGUCCUGGAACAACCACUGGGUAUACUGGGCCGGUCCGCUCAUCGGCGGCGGCCUCGCCGGGCUCGUCUACGAGUUCUUCUUCAUCUCCAGCACCCACGAGCAGCUCCCAAGCACCGACUACUGAGCAACAACUGUUGCUGGUUCUUAUGUUGUUGGCUUCUUCUUCUUGGCGUACAGAGGGCUUAAUUUGCCAGGCUCCUGUUUUCUUUUUCUCUCUUCAUGUACCUUCUUUAUUCUGUCUUUGUCCUUCUUUAUUUGUCUUGGUCCCUUCGUCUCUUGGAGCUUGUCAAAAGACUUUGCGUCCAUUCCCUUAUGUCCAUUUCCAUAUGUAUAAUGUCGAGCUACGUUGAUGGAUGGUCCUUUGUUCAUAAAUAUCUCUUUUCACCUUCUAUU